GUCGUGUCCACGCAGAGCGUAACGUGCGACGUGCUGGCGGCGGUGGUUGCCUGUGUGGCUCCCCGGGGGAGUGAGGAGGCCUGAGCUAGCGGUGUUUCCGGGUUAUACCGCCUUGCGAGCUGUUUCUCCCUCAUGCGCCAUCCCGUGACCGGGCCACCCCUGUACGGAGGACUGUGCGCCAUGUCAUAGGAGCGCCCUCACCCUGUAGUUGUUGACUUUUUCACCUGCACAAUGAAAUUCCGAGACCAGGUGAGCACAUUAUCCGAGUGGUUUAAGGGCUGGAACGAGUGCGAGCAGACGGUGGCCCUUCUUUCGCUCCUGAAGAGGAUUACCAGGACCCAGGCACGAUUCCUACAGCUCUGCUUGGAGCACUCACUUUCGGACUGCUCUGAGAUACACAUCCUUGAGACGGAGGCCAACAGUGCUGCUCUGAUCAGUCAGUGGCACCAGGAGUCGAAUAAGAAGGUGAUCUCGCUGCUGUUGUCCCACCUGCCUCUGCUGCAGCCCCGCAACUCGGAAGCCAAAUGCGAGUACAUGAAACUGCUGCAGAAAGUGCUGGCGUACACCACCGAGAGCAACCUGUACAUCGAGGAGAGCCGGCAGCUCCUGUCCUAUGCACUCAUCCAUCCGGCCACCACGCUGGACGAUCGCAACUCUCUGGCUCUGUGGCUCAACCAUCUGGAAGAGCGACUGUCCACAGGCUACAGCCGGCAUGGCACACAUCUGCGGCAGGGUUCUGAUGAGUGGCAGGCCCCAGGGGAACCCAGCAUGGGAGAGUCUGGGCAUAGUUGGCACGAAAAGCCAAUGCGAGAAAAUGGACUUAUGCCCUUCCCCUCUUCCAGUUCGGUGCCCUCAGCCAUCCAGAAUGUGGGUGGUAGCUCAGUGCUCUCCUGCCAAAUGCACCCAAGUCCCUUGAAACGCUCCAUGUCCCUGAUCCCCACCUCCCAGCAAACGUCUAACGAGUGGGGCGGGGCAGAGGAGGCUGCCGGGCGACCCGUCUUCCUCACCCCAGACCACGCUCCCCUCUCCCCGCAGAGCAGCGUGGCUUCAUCGGGCAGUGAGCAGACAGAGGACUUUGGCUCUGGACGCAACACAUUUCAGGAGGACGGCAGCGGGAUGAAAGAUGUCCCCACCUGGCUGAAAAGUUUACGUCUGCACAAAUAUGCAUCGCUGUUCUCUCAGAUGAACUAUGACGAAAUGAUGAUGCUGACAGAGCAGCACCUCGAAUCACAAAAUGUUACUAAAGGGGCACGGCAUAAAAUAGCUUUGAGCAUCCAGAAGUUACGCGAGAGACAGAGCGUGCUCCGUUCACUAGAGAAGGAUAUUCUAGAUGGCGGAAAUGUGCGCAACGCUCUGCAGGAGCUUCAGCAGAUCAUUAUCACACCUAUCAAAUACUACCGCCCCAAUCAGACAGAAUCAGUAGGCAGCGAGCAGACGUCCCAACACAGGCCCAAUCAGGAUUCUGCCAGCAAGGGCUCCAAUGAGAAUGAGCCGCCCACAGGUCUGACAGCGGAUGGCUUCCAGCAGCAGAGUACCCCGACUGGUGACCUAGAGACUUCCGUGCCGCCUAUAGCAGAUGGCGACAUCCCCGGACAACUUACCAGAGUACUGGGUAAAGUCUGCACUCAGUUGUUGGUCUCCCGGCCGGAUGAGGAGAAUAUAACCUGUUACCUGCAGCUACUAGAAAAGUGCCUGACACAUGAGGCAUUUACCGAGACGCAGAAAAAAAGAAUCCUCUCCUGGAAACAGCAAGUCCUGAAGCUGCUGCGAACAUUUCCUCGCAAGGCUUUACUGGAAAUGCAGGGGUACAGACAACAGAAGGGGUGCAGCUGGGCAUUUGCUUCAAAUUCCCUCCCCAUAGCUGGAUCUGUGGGGCCAUCAUUAGUUCGAAGAGGGCAGCGCCCAUUUCAGAUGCCCCCAAGGGCUGUACCGCCUUCCCGCAUUGGCGUCAUAAGCCCUGGGUCAAUUGGGGGCGUCUCUCCAAGACACGCACUUACCAGCCAAAGCACUGGGAGCCAGGGUCGACAGAACCUGUGGUUCGCCAAUCCUGGAGGAAGUAAUAGCAUGCCAUGCCAGAGUCACAGCUCCGUGCAGCGCACCCACUCGUUACCCGUGCACACUUCACCACAGAGUAUCCUCAAGUUUCCUCCUGAUUGCCAGGUUCCUGGGGCGGAUCUGGAGAUUAAUCCCCGGCUAGAGUCUUUAUGCCUGAGUAUGACGGAGCAUGCGCUGGAGGAGGGUACAGACAAGACAUCGACAAUCUGACGACGUGCUCAUUGAACCCUUCUCUACGAGGGAUUGCUUAUCCUAUACCUUUCCCUGUCUUCGGCCAGGGAAGUGACGAAGCUUUCCCACGAUACGCCCCGAGGCCAUCACUACAUCAUCCACCCACUGCGUUCUAAUACUCGUUUCCGCUAUUGUAACUUUUUAACUUUGGUUUAAUAUCCAAACACACACACAGCACCGCUAAGCGUUCGUGAUGAGGAAGGAGCUUUUUCUGUCUAGACAUGAUUACCAUGACGUGGUAACAUUGGGGGGAGGGCGGGGGGGGGGAGCUUAAUGAAGAGUCUUUUCUGGUGCACACACUUACACCCGCCAUGCACUUGGAAGGGUCCCAGUGGCAGAGAGCUUGGUUGUGGGGAGAAAGAAGGAGCAUGACUUUGCCAAGGCAUGCAAAAGCUGGGCAGGCGAGGCUUGCUAAUCCGUUUUGGAGCCAGGAGCUCCAGGGAAGGAACCUCUGCCAGGCAAACACACUAAGCUAAGGAACAGUCAAUGUUCCCACUACAAGGACUGGCACCUGUCAGACAGGAUGCUGCUCUGUGCAGCCGAUCAGGCAGGGGGGGGAGGGACACCGCAGCGGACGUGUUCGCCAUCAGGACAGUCCGGCUAUGCUCGGAGCAUGACAUUCGAAGAGCAAGGGGGGGGGGAGGUUAGACGUCUACCCCCUUUUUAUUAACAAACCUCACAACCUACUGUUAUCCUCCCGGGUCCGCAGCUCACACCUUUUACGAAUAAUCCUUGCAAACGCCCGUCUUAUCUGAUCCACAUCGCCUCCCUCCUCUUGUAGCGGUGGACUUGAAGCCGGCCCCCAUGCCACACGCGGAGCGUGGAGGUAAAAAGCUGGGCAACGCUGCCAAGACUGCCUGUGGCCACCUUCUCCAAAGUAUUUUCAGAAUAGCGCUAACUAUUUAUUUCUAACAUAGAAACACGGCUCCUUUUCUGAUAGAAGACAAAAUUGUUAUUUUAGAUACAUUUUAUUAUGGAUAACUUUUGUUAUGACUAUGGCUGGUAACCAUGAGUACAAAUUAUUAAAAGAAAAUCUAAAAAUAUU